AUGGCCCCCCAAAGGAAGAAGAAGCCUGCAGCUAAUCCUGCUCGGGGAUUCGCUACAACAUCACUUCCAUCCAGAUCCAAAGCAAUUGACGAGGCUGAACAAUCCACCUCAACAGGGACCACUGUGAGCCCCCCCAACGGACCCUCGGCGACGAACAAUAACUCGCAGAAUGGAGGAAAGACUCUCACCCAAGACAAUUUGCUGCCCAACGGAGCAUCUGAUAUAAUGAAGAUGACUCCAGAGGAGCUAGAAGCUCACCUUGAAAAUGCGGAACUAGAUAGCCUCCUCAACAAGUAUGCUAAGAGGUGCAUCACUGAAGCUAAUCGGCAAGUCACUAGGCUAGAGACCGAAAGACGACAGAUGCGUUCUCAAUCUGUCAAACUAUCCACCUACGGCUGGCUCUCUGGGGAGACGGCUGAUCGGCUGUUUGACAUGGUUGGGAAACCUCGCUGGAAAGUCAAGGCACCGACCUCUGCACCGCGUGACUCCGUCGGCGAUGAAAAGAUUUUGGCCGACCUUUGGACCUUACAGCGUGUGUUGCAAGUACUAAAUUUUCCUGCCGUCCAAGAGGCGAUUUCCCACAUCACCCACCUGACGGUGCAGGGUUUGCUGGCCACGCACAGCGAUCUUAUACCAGGCCUACUCGAAGCUUUCGAGUGGUAUGCUUCACAGAACCAGACUGACUGGCUCCCCAACUACGAGCAAGCAUUUCCGCAAAGGAUGGAGGAAACGGGUAACAGCACGCUGUACCAAGAAACAUCUCGACCUACAUCCACAACGGCAAGCAGACAAAGCCCAGCAAGGACUCCAGUAUCACUUUCCGAAUCUGAGGAAGACUUCUCCGCGGCGAGCCCGGCGUCGGACAGCGAUGACAACCUAGAUCCACAGGCGCAGGUAGACAGGUAUAUCCGGAUCCAGACGAAAAUCUGGCGGUCACUAAACCCGGAGCCAACCCGGCCACAGAAAGGCUCUUCUAAUGAAAUGAGACGAAGACAACGCCUCAAUAAGAAACUUGAAGAUAUUCGCCGAGAUAUCCUUUUCGAAAGCGAUAUGGCCGACUCGAUGUGGAGCGAGAAACUGGAGGAUCUACAAGCCACACAUCAACGAGUAUUGCGGGAACAGGCCAGGCUACGACGAGAAGAGGCGAGAGAGUCGUCAGCCGUACCAGAUAAUGCACAGGAAGACAAAAGCUCAACCGAUCGUGAACUUGUCAUCGGCGAAGAAGCACGUGAUGAUGACGAGGUACUCUUGGGAGGUAUUUUUGGGGAAGUGGAAGAAGCAAACCCUGUUGAUCAGCAAGAGAGUCAAACACAAGAGAAUAUCCGAGUACUUGAUUUCGGAAAAUGGACUGGGGUCUCACCUAGGAGGCUGCUAGAGGAAAUCUGCAGAGGCCAUGAUCCCAAAUGUCGGAUUCAAGUGCAGGCCCUGCAAAGCACUGCUUCAUCGACAAGACACAAUCUCACCAUAGCUUGGAAUACUGCACCUCGGCUGCCCAAUCACGCAGUUGCAGCUUUGCCAACUGAAGUUACCAUGUCGAUGACCCCAAGUGUUUGGACUUUGAUCAUGAACAGCUUAGCGGCGGCGUCCAAAAUCCAGUCUGAGGCAUACAUAGCCUCGCUGGCGCUCUUCCUGAUGUCGACCCUGGGCAGUAAAGAACAGAAAGCAACAUCGCGCCUUCCUACUGUUUGGAGAGAUUUGCUCAAAGAGCUUUCAGACGCCAAGCAGGACCUCGCCAAUGAGGAGCAUAAGACAACUCUACGGGACCUGCAAGCCACCAUCAAGAAGACCAAGGAUGAUUUGGCACAAGAUAUGAAUCAGGGUGUAUCAGUCGAGAGCGCCCAGCAGCAAGCGGCCAGUGAUUCCCGGCGGCGGACACAUCGUCCAACUGCUGCAAGGCUAACCGCAGAGCAAGUAUUGAAAGAGUGGACGGCAAGAACCUCGCGUCCAGCGUUUGCUAGAAUGCUUGAAAUCCGUCAACAGCUGCCGGUACACAGCUACAAAGACGUCAUCCUCGACUGCGUCAACAACAACGCCGUCAGUGUCAUCUGCGCAGAGACUGGAGCUGGAAAGUCAUCGGGCAUCCCCGUGCUGCUCCUCGAACAAGAUUUCAUUGGUGGGACCGACUGUCGCAUACUUGUGACCCAACCACGACGUAUCUCCGCAAUCACUCUUGCUAGACGGGUUUCACAAGAAAUCGGAGAGGCCAGGAAUGAUAUCGGAACCACCCGGUCACUGGUUGGAUAUGCCAUUCGAAUGGAGUCCAAGACAAGCAGCAACACGCGGAUCACCUAUGCCACAACUGGCGUGUUGCUUCGGAUGCUUGAAGAGUCGCCAGACCUGGAGGAAUUGGACUACCUGGUCCUCGACGAGGUGCACGAACGGACCAUGGAUCUCGACCUUCUCUUCAUCGCACUGCGAAAGCUACAGCAGCGACGGAAUACGCUCAAGAUCAUCCUCAUGUCCGCCACGGUAGAUGCAAAGAAGUUCUCGGACUACUUUGGCGGCGCGCCUGUGCUGGAUCUACCCGGGAGGACGUUCCCGGUCGAGGUUGGCUACCUUGAGGACGCGGUUGAGGCCACUAACGACCUCUCUACGCUGAAGGACAGAGGACUGCAGGGUUACGAAGACGGAAAUGAUUUCGAAGAUUAUGCAGAUGAGAAAGGCCGCCCAAUGCUGACCAGUCCAGAAAAAUACAGCAAGCAGACCCAGCAGGCCCUCGCUGCCAUGGACGAACGCCGCAUCGACUACAGUCUGAUCGCGAAAGUGGCCACGGCCAUAGCCACGAAACCCAAGUACAAGAAGUACAGCAGCGCUAUACUGAUCUUCAUGCCGGGGAUAGCUGAGAUGCGCCGUUUACACAAUAUCCUUUUAAACACGGACAUAUUCGGCAGGAACUGGGUGAUCCACCUCCUCCACUCGACGUUCAGCACCGAGGAUCUCGAGAAGGCGUUUGAGAUCCCACCAUGUGGCCACCGGAAGAUCGUGAUUGCCACCAACAUCGCCGAAACAGGUAUCACGAUACCAGACGUGACUGCCGUCAUCGAUACAUGCAAGGAGAAGGUGAUGCGAUUCGACGAACGACGCCAGUCAUCUCGCUUGACCGAAGGCUUCAUCUCGCGCUCAUCGGCACGGCAGCGACGUGGACGCGCUGCUCGUGUGCAGGACGGACUCUGUUUCCACCUCGUCACUAAACACCGGCAUCACAACAUGAUGCUCGAGCAGCAGAUUCCGGAAAUGUUGCGGCUGGGCUUACAGGAGCCGAUGCUACGGAUCAAGGUCUGGGAUCUGGGGAGCAUAGAGGAGACGCUGGCUCAAGCAAUCGACCCACCCACUCGGAAGAAUGUGUUACGUGCGAUUGAAAAGCUCAAGGAUGCUGGUGCUCUCACAAAGAAUGAGAAGCUGACUGCCCUUGGUAAACAAAUCGCAAAGCUCCCGUUGGAGGUGUCUCUCGCCAAGCUAGCCAUCUUCGGCGCCAUUUUCGGAUGCCUGGAACCAGUCCUUACCAUCAUCGCCUUUGUAACAUCCAAGUCGCCUUUUCGAGCCAGCCCAUCCAAAACACUAGCAGAGGUGUUGCGGGUGUUCGCUCGAGGGCACUCGGAUCUGCUCACAUUGGUCAAGGCGUAUGAAAGCUGGAGGAGAGCGAAGACCGCUCGCGCAGGGCAGGAAUUCUGCCGCAAAAACCACAUCAACGACCAAGUCAUGUCGCAGGUGGAAGAUCAAAAGGUGCAACUCCUGGUGUAUCUCGUCGACGCGGGCGUGGUGGCGUUCGAGCCGGAGGAGAAAGAGACGCUCGUACGCGCCCGAUCCGGGUCGGGUCGCGGGGGCAAUUUCUACACGAUCCCAGACCGCUACGAUCGCAUCAUGUGUGACCGGGCGCUGUGUGCGAUUAUCGCGAUGGCACUCUAUCCGCGCGUUCUGGCGCGCGAAGGGAAAUCCUGGAGGAAUGUGUACUCGAACCAGCAAGUUUCGCUGAUCUCGCACUCGAUCAACCACGGAAACCCCCGCGCGCCGCGGUGGCUGUCGUUCUACGAAGCGAUGCAAAGUCGCACCGGGAGCCUGAACGUCUUCGAAACCUCGGCCAUCCCGGACUCUGCGUUGGCGCUCCUAUUGGGCGAGGCCGAGUUCAAGUUCUUCGCGGGCGUGUUGAAUCUGGACUCUGGAAAGGUGCGCCUCUCCGUGAGGCAUUGGAGACAGUUAAUGGCGAUCAAGAUUCUCAGGGAGCGAAUGGCGGAUGUGUUGGAUGCUGCGUUCAAACGACCGUGCGAUGCUAUGAACGCAGAGAAUUGGAAAUGGAUAGAUUUGUGGUUGAGCAUUGAGGCCGCACAGGAUGCAUAG